AGAGAAAAGCUAUUCAGAUUUAAAUGUCCAGAGUCAAAGCUACAGUUUAUUUCUGAAGUGAUCAUUAUAUGAGUUUCUGACUGAAUAUUAAUUUAGAUAUAAGUCAAUUAUUAUCAGGUAACUAUGGAUGGAGAAGUAAAUUCACUGGAGCUAAAAUAAUGUGGUUGUGUAGCACUAUGAAUAGAAAACAGAAUUCUGAUAGCAGUACUAAAAGUCUUCCAGUUUCCUUCGAAAAGAAAUCACUGCAGAAGGAAAAAGGUUCACCCUAUUCUACUUUCACUGAUUUUAAUGAAAUGGCACCAAAUUUGGAAAGUCUGAGAGAAAUAACCCAAAGCUCAAAUUCUGUAACAUCAGAGCUUCCUGAUCCUGAAGAAAUACUACAAACAUUUCAAGAAGGUCAGCGCCAAGGGAAGUGUACUCUUCCAAACAAUGUUGUAUACCCACCAAAUUGCUAUGGCUACUAUUCAUUCAAUGAAGUUGUUGAGCAGUUAUGUGGAUACAGAAAAAUUUAUAAACAUUCCCAGAAGAAAUUAAAUUGAAAACUUCUUAACGGUAAUAAAAAUUUUAAAAACUAAAGAA